GUUUAUUUGAAAAGGCCUAGGGGAAGCAGGAGGCAGCAGAGGACUGGUUACUUCUCAGGAGGAAGCUUAAGGAGGAAGCUGGGAUGCUACUUCAGAUCUUGCUCCUCAUUCACCAUUUCAAAGGAUGGACAAAAGUGACUUACUGCUUCUCAUCGUGCUGCUGUCCAGUGUUUUGCUGACUGCCCAGGCUUCAGAACCCAGUUGCACUAAUGUUUCUGACUUUGAUAAUUGCAUGGGUAAUACAGAAGGCUUCUGCCCUAAUAGCAUUGCUUGUGGAUGUAAAGACCAAAAGCCCUUUUGCAAAUGUCCUUACUAUAGAGGCGUCUGGGGAGAGUACUGGUAUCUGGGUGAAAAAUGUAAUCAACUUUGGAGAACUUUGGACUUGAUUUUAGUAGCUGUACUUCCUGGAGUAGCACUGGCUUUUCUGGUUUGUGUAAUAUUGCAGAUUGUCUACUACUGUAAACGUCAUAAGGGAGAACGGAAACAGAAAAGACGAUCAGAACACAAGGCACACCAUAACCCUGCAUACACUCCAGAGCUGACUGAUAACUUGAGAUAUGUUUCUCAACAACCAUUUGCUGAGGGUGACCUCACCACACAAAGUGUGCAAAUACCAAAAGUUAUGUUGAAAAAUAAAAGCUUUGGCCAACCUCAGGCACCAGGUCGAGUAGAAGGUCACAGCACUCUCUUCCAUCAGCCAUUGCGAGGGCCAGUUUCAGGAGCAGAUCAUUCUUUCAGCCACCAAUAUCCUCAGCAUAAUCAGUUUGCCUACCCAGGCAGUAAUAUUCCUUAUGUGGAUUAUGAAGAGGAAAAUCCAGUUCCAGCUAUGCCCACCAGACAAUUUCCAAAAUAUGACAUCUCAGCAUUUCCUAGUCCUGACAUGUUUCAGAGUGCUACUCAACCAAUGGACAACAUGGAAAGACCAGUAAGACCUUAUGGACUAAAACACUCGGGAAACAGAUAUAACUACUAGAAAGUUUAUAAUACAGGGAACACAUGAAAAAUCAGUCGUAUAUUCGGAGUCUUUCUGAAAAUAUCAUGUGAUUUGUUUUUUGGUAUGAUUUGAUACAGUUCUAACUUUCUUUGGAAGACUUGAUGAUAUAGAAUACCAGGUUCUGCUUAUUGCCAAAAUUGCCGCAUAUCAGUAAUAGCACAGGAAUAUUUUGUAUCGUUAAGCAUGUGCUGAGUGCCAGGAAAUGUCCUAACACACAAAGCCAAAUGUUGUUUUCCUUAGAAAAACACACAAGAAGGAAAAAAUGUUCAUAAAUCUCAGACUAAAGAAAUAGAAAAAUCCAUGGAAAACCAUUGUUUUCUCUUUGAGAGGAGAGUCUUGAGUUACGGGGAGAAGACUGGGAGUAUGGCUCACAUACUCUCGCCUAUUGUUUCAUGUGAAAACCUAUCCCAGUGCCACUUUCUUGCCCCCUCUCUUCUUUACAGUGGUCAGUCCACUCCCAUGAGAUUCCUUGCACUGCAUUACUAUGUCAUGUCACAGACUGAAGAGAAAGAGCAAAAGUAUAUUAUUGUUAAGGACAUGAACUUCCAUCAGCUUUUCUGUCUAAAAUAAACUGUUUUUUUUAAGACAGCAUAGGAUGUAGACUAACUGCUCCUCAACUGACUUCUUCACAGCCUCUGAUUUUUCCUUUAGGAGCAAUAUUCACAAAAUAAUUCCAGUUACAAUUAUAACUUUCGCUUUUUAUUUACCACCUACAUAGAUUGAAGGCCAAAUUCUGUUCUCGGAUUACAACCAUACAACUAUGCUGACUUCAGUAGUGGUGCACAUAUGUUACUUGGUGCAGAUUUCACUAACUCCACAAACAAAAUUCUACAAAACAUCUUCAUAUAUAUUCAUUCACUUCAUAUUGUCCUGCACUAUUCUUCUCCUUUCUGUACAGCUGCUGUCCCAGUCACCAGACACUUCCAUAACCUAGGGGCUGGCAAGCUUUUAUGGGGUAGGCAGAAGCUUGCAACCAGGCUAUUGCUGGGCUACAAGUCUCCAGCCCUCUUCCUAGUUUAUGUGGCCAGUUGCCAGAUAUCCAACCUCUCUGCAGCAAGGAUAAGCUCAGACACCAUGGAGCAGCAAACUGCAGCAGAGGGGAGCUUUGGGGAGAGGAUGGGAGGCAUUGGGCUGCCCCUCCGUGGGACUGGACUUCCACAGACCAGAUCCACCCUGCAGGCCAUAGGUUGCCAAUCCCUGCCAUAACCCAAUUUCUCACUGAUUGAUAGAAGUUUGUAAUUUUAAACCUACUAGGCAGAAUAUCCUUCUGCUAGAGAUCCAUGAUGUCAGAUCUCCAUGGUUACAUGGGCAUAUAACAAAGAACAGGUAGAGCAACAUGUUCUACAGACUCAAAACCUAUCCAUUUGGAAGUUAAUUAAUGCUUUAAUUUAUAUUAACUCCUUAUUGCUUUUCCCUCUGGUUGCUACUGUAUGAUUCAAGUAAUAGUAAUAGUAUCUUUGAGGCCAUGUGAAAAGUGUGUUGUGAUAUUGAAUGUCCAAGUGACCAAAGAUCUAGCCUAAUCUGGGAUCAUCCAUUAAUUAACAGGCCAUUCCAUUGUGCUACCUAGUCUCUCUCGUACUUUGUGCAACCCUUGAAUAUUCAGGAAGGUACUUGGUCAUAUCCC